AUGAUUCGACUGCUCGCACUUUUGCGUUGUGCAUCUUUUGGCGUGCGCGAGGACCGCCAGGCUUUGGCGCGCCAUCACUUGAGUCUCCUUGACAAGCGGCACUGGAAGCUGACAACACCGUCGCGCGCGCUGCCGGUGGUGGAGGUCUUAAUGCGAUCUGGUGUUCUGAUGGAUAGGCUUGAAAAAAGCAGCACCAAACCGCUGGCGUGCUUGAUUCCAUCUAUGACAAAGAAGGAGCGUAGCUUGGUGGAGAAGCUCUCCUAUGUGCUCCACCAAAACUUGCCACCUACAGCCUCUCCGAUUGACAGGAAUGCGGGGAGGGAAGACGAGACGAUUCGCGCCGCAUAUUCGGUUGCCUGUGCGACCGGAACGUGUACUAUCGAUGUCUUGGUUGACGUCAUUUUCGUCCGACAUCUUCGAUCUCCUUCGUCUGCGCUGAUGCUGCUGGAGCUAGUGGUGUCGCGAUGUGCGAAAGUGUCCUGGACAAGAGGGAAACCGUGCCCUUCCAAAGAGAUGUUAGAUUCCAUUUGCGACCUGCUUGCCCAACACGAGCAGUCGCUGGACUUCAGAGCGAUCUGGUUCUUACUUUCACUACUGAGUGCAACUCCUCAGCUCAGCGACUCUCAAAUCACUCCGUCUGCUGGAAAACGACUCUUUCGGCUCUGUGUGCACCGCAUUCAUCACCUUCUGCCUCUCCUGGCCGUUGAAGAUCACCUUCUCGCAUAUCUGCAGCUUUCGCGCAUCGAGGGCUACGAGAAGCCGUUCAUUGUUCUUGGCGAGAUGGAGAGGCUGCUUCUCUCCACGUCAUUAGGUGACUACACAGGCGUAAGCACUAAUGUACUCUUGCGGUUUAUGACGAUGCCUUUCGCGGCGCGACACGUCGAUUUGAAUCUGCGCCUGUGUGCUGGUUGGUGCGCGGUAUCGAGAAUAACAGAUUUUACUCAGGAAGAGUGUCUCGCUGCGUUCACAAUUGUCGCCGCGCUGCAUGAAGGCUGCUCUGCCGAAAGCGCAACCGCGGUCGCACCCUUGCGGCACUGGGAGACGCUGCACGACGCCCUUUUCGCGCAGGUGUUUUUCAUUGCACAUGACUUGACUGCUGCCGACUGUUUUCGCAUUCUAGACCAAUCGGAGCUGAUCAAUAUAUCGGGCUGGGGCAUCACCGUGCCGCAAAUGUUGCUUGAGAAACUCAAGAAGAGAAUCCUGUCAGAGUGCAAGCGCUGUGCCAUAGAUGAAUGCUGUGCGCCUGAGACAGCGAAACUGUUGCUCUGCGUUGCGCUUGGAUUGCAGUCGUUGAUGCAACGAUACACAGUGCUGCCGAGCAACGCUGUGGACGAGCACGCUGUAACUGAGUGUAUUGCUCUUCUCGAGGGCUGUAUCACGUUAGCCCCACCUCAUGGUUGA